AAUAAAAAAUAGUAAAACCCUAAACCAAACUCAUCUUCCUCCUCAUUUCACUGACCAAACUGAUCUCCUCUGUUCCUCCAGGCUCCAACAAUGGCGAUUCCUUCCUCCUUCACCAUUUCUCCCUCCUUCCUCUCUUCUUCCAAACUUCUCCCCACCAAAUCCCUCUCCUUCUCUCGCUCCGCUCCAUUUCUCUCUCCUUUCAGAACCCUAUUCCCCAUUUCAUCCAAUUCCUCCUCCAACCCCUCAAUUCCUUCCCCCAUUGAUUCCUCAGAUUCAUUCGCCGCCCCUUCCCCGGCCGUCAAUCGGAAUCUCAAGUCCCGUCUCCGCAAUGGCGACACCCUCUACGGCCUCUUCCUUCUCUCCUUCUCCCCCUCCCUCGCCGAGAUCGCCGGUCUCGCCGGCUACGACUUCGUCGUCGUCGACAUGGAACACGGCUACGGUGGCAUCUCCGACGCCCUCCCCUGCCUCCACGCCCUCGCCGCCGCUCAAACAGCCGCCAUUCUCCGCCUUCCCGAGAGCUCCGCCGCGUGGGCGAAGAAAGCGCUAGAUUUGGGCCCGCAGGGUAUAAUGUUCCCGAUGAUCGAUUCGUCGAAAGAGGCGAAGAAAGCGGUGUCGUACUGCAGAUUCCCUCCCGCCGGAGUCCGAGGAUCGGCCCACCCGGUGGUCAGAGCAUCCAAAUACGGGAUUGACGAAGGGUACUUGAGCAAUUACGAGGACGAGUUGCUGAUCAUGUGUCAGGUGGAAUCGGAGCAAGCGGUGAAGAAGAUAGAAGAGAUAAUGGAAGUGGAUGGCGUGGAUUGCAUUCAAAUGGGGCCAUUGGACAUGAGCGGGAGCAUGGGGUAUCUAUGGGAUCCGGGGCACAAGAAGGUGAGGGAGAUGAUGAGGAGGGCCGAGAAAGCUGUACUGCAGAGCAAAGGCGAUAAUGGUGAAGAGGGUGCCUUUUUGGCUGGAUUCUCAAUGCCCCACGAUGGCCCAAUUGACAUGAGAAAACGUGGAUAUCGGAUGAUUUCUGGGGCUGUGGAUUUGGGUUUGUUUCGAACUGCUGCUGUAGAGGAUGUGAGAAAGUUUAAGAUGAGUGAAAUCAGUGGCUCUGAGGAUGAGGAUCAGCCGCUAACUCACAUUGAGGAGGAUGAAGAAGACAAGUACUGGAGCGAAUGAAACAACCUUUUUGUUUUUCCAUCUUUUUGGUAUUCUUCUUUAUCUUUCAAGUACAUAAGUAGAGCUUGGAGAGUUGCAUUUCUUGACAUGGGUCUUUAUAAAUCAUGCUCAUAUGUGGAUGUGGAUAUGCACUUUCUCCUGUUCUCAAUGUUUUUACAUACAAUUUUUCAGUCUA